AUUGCUAUGGUUACACUUCCGUAAACAAAACUGCCUCACUUCUCUUCGGUUGAACUGCUCUUUCUGUGGGCUUUGUGAACUCGUUUUCAAGCAUGACUUUGCAAGAUAACGAUGAUCUCGAAAGGUUUCUGAGGAAUGUUGACCAAAUGAAUGAGUUGGUAAAAGAGUUAAAUUCCAGCGAUGUGUCGUGCCAAGAGAAAGCAGUUGCGAAGGCAGAUCAAUUCAUCUCAUCCCUGGAGCAGAAUGAACCGUGUAAAACCAAAAUCAAUAAGACUCUCAUAAACAAAAAUCCUUCAUCUGAAAAUAGACCAAUGAAAAUCCAGUAUAAAUCAAGUCAAAAUCCAGAGAAUUUCUUGAGGAUAUUAGAAAAAGAUGCAGAGGACAGAAGACGGAGAAGAAAGAUAAAGGAAGAAAAAGCCAACGCGUUACGGGAACAGGGGAAUGAGGCUUUCACUCAAGGUGACUAUGAAACGGCUGUCAGGUUUUAUACUGAGGGCUUGGACCAGCUGCGUGACAUGCAGGCUCUCUACACAAACAGAGCACAGGCUUUUAUCAAGUUGAAGAGAUAUAAGGAGGCCAUAAGUGACUGUGAGUGGGCUCUGAGGUGCAAUGAGAAGUGUAUUAAAGCGUAUGUACACAUGGGAAAAUCUCACCUAGCACUCAAGGAUUUCAAACAGUCCAGGAUUUGCUAUCGAAAAAUUUUGGAGAUAGAGCCACAGCGUGAAACCAUAGUCAAAGCUUAUCUGAGACAAGUGGAUUUGGAAGAGAAGGCAUCUCUUCAGGAAAAGACAGCUUGGAAAGAGCUACAGGAGGGAACGGAGCAGGCCUUGGCAGUACCAGAGCUGCUGAAGAAGCUCGACAGACCCAAUGAGAUCAAUCUUUACUACUGUGGUGGAUUGGAGCUGCUCUCACAGGCUAUUAAAGACUGUACUGGGCAGACACUAUUCAGAUUGAACAAUGGCUUCAGUAUCAUUAAUGGCAAUAACACUGUAAGAAGCUGUCUCUCACAGAAUUCACAAGAUUCAUACGCGGUUGAUCUAUGUAUGUCUGUCGUCAAACUAUGGAGGACAGUUUGCUGUGGAAACGAGCAGAACCAACAGCUGUUGAUGGAGUGUCCCGGUACUAGACAACACAUUGUCCAGCUGUUGGCAUCACCCGUACGAGAAAUACAGAGGGAAAGCCUGGAAUUGUUCAGGAUGUACUCAGAAACUCAGCACGGAAGAGACAUGCUCAUCAACAACCUGAAUUUAAACCAAAUGCCAGAGAACCUGAUGAGCUGCGUUCGCCACGAUACAAACUCUGCAUUGGCGCUUACAGUUCUGGAGAACUUGGCUGGAGAAAAUAAAUUUAGGAUUCAGUCAAGGGAGAACUUCACAGCAGUGUUUGCUCUUCCUCUUGAACAGCUGCUGUCAAAUACCAUGACUGCUGACCACAAGACACUGGCUACUGUGAUUUCUGCGAUCGGGACCAUGGCUCUAGAUGACGUCAUCAGUACAAAUCUAGCAGGAUGUAAUGAAUUUUGGAGAUGCUCUCUCCAAGCCGUGGAGCGGUGCGUCGGCUCUGAAUGUAGAAGUGUCCUCUAUCCCCUCCUGGGUUUGAUGAUCAACUUAGCUUCAAAUCCCUCUCAAGUUGUCCAGGAGCACGCUGUUCUGGCCAGCAGCAGGUGCUUGGACCUGCUGAGCGAUUCCUCUGGAGGCGUCAUCACAAGAGCUGCAGGUUUGCUGAGCGUUCUCCUUCCCAUGUCUUCUGAUGCCACUCAGGAGGUUGUGCAGAAUGGAAUAGUGAAGAAGUUGCUGAAGAUUCUGAAGGCAGGAGGAGAGAUGAGCUCCAGAUACUCCAUUAAAGCCCUGACAGUCUGUACUGCCUCAAUCCCACAGGCCUGUGAGGAGCUGCUUAAGCUUGACAAACGGCUGCGCACUUUGAGAAAACUCCUGGGCGGUAUUGACGAGUUGGUGGUGGGGAACGCAGCUUUGUGUAUGGGCCAUUGCUUAGAAGUGGAUGGAGCUGCUGGAAGCCUCCUAGGCACAGACUGCGCGUUGCUGCUACACCACGCCGCCGGAGACGCCAAAAGAGCAGCCGUUCGACAGAACGCAGCCAUUACUCUUGGGAAGCUGUGCAAAAUAGAGCCCAGGCACAUGGAGAAACUCAGGGAGCUCCAUGGUUUAGAAAUCCUUCAUUCCUGUGUGAGAUUGAUCACUGAGUGCUAAGGAGGAGGACCUGCACAGCGAGAGCGCAACCUUCAUAAUAACUAUGCCAUCGGAGGAGCAAAACAGCUCCAGUGACAACGGCAGAAAAGUUUCCACUGAAAGCCCAGCUCGCCCGACUAUGGCUGUAAUCAGUUCUCCAGGGACAGAUUUGUUCCAUACGCCACAUGAGAGGCAGCACUCGAGAACAGUGAAUGCAACCACAACCACUGAUAAAGAUGCAAUUACCUCAGAUGGGCCGAGCUUUGUCUUAGCGUCACAUUCCACGGGUGAGGACGGCACGGCAGCGGAGCCGUUUCAGUCCGACGGAGACCUCUCAUUGUUCUCCAAUGAUGAGGAGAGCCUUCAUCCCUCAGCUGAGGCUGGAUUUGAGUCAAUGAUGAAUGACACCAUGACGCCUGCUGCUCAUCUGUCCAGAGGCAGGGAAAAGAUCCCAGCUUUUUUUCACGCUUCACUGGAAAGCAAGAAUCAAAGAGUCUGGGAGUCUAUUACUCCUUCGGCCGCAAAUGGCAUUCCCAUGGUAUCGGCCUCUGAUCCAUCAGUAAUUGAUAACCUUGGGGAGUCAAACGAGAGCGUGAAACGAUGGGGCGAAAACAAGACUGAAAAUUGGACUCGGGAGUCGUUUGGCGCUGAUGACCCUCCGAAUGGCACGGCAGACGUUUUUUUGAAUAAGAACCGUUCAACCAUUAUGCAUUUUACAGUUUUGCAGGGUACAGGGCUUUUAACCACUGAGCUUGGUCAAAAUCCAAGAAAUGCAUCUGAGCCAGAAGAACAGAAGAAUCCGUUUUCACCGAGUUCAGUGAUCCUUGCUACUCCAUUACAAGUGAAACCAACCAGCCAAGUAGUAGUUAAUAAAAUGGCAGAAAGCAGCAAAAAUCCCAGCACCAAUGGACCAAAACCUUUUGGGAUGUCACUGAAGCACCCAGACUCUAUGUUUUUAUUCUCCGCUUCAAAGCUGACCCCUGCAAAGAAUCCAGACGCAACCACACUGAAUUAUUUUUCAAACACGGCAACAGCUGCUGGCGAAAAGCACGUGACAAAACAAUUUGUGGCCUCGCCAUUGAUAUCCGACUCUGUGCGUAGAAUCGUCUCAGCGAGGGACGGACUAGAAAGCAAAUCGAUUUUCCACACCAAAUCAGGUAAAGAGCGUCAAAUUAAACCAACGUUCCAAACAACUUUCCUUCAUCGACUAAAUAAAACAGACCUUUCUUUGACCACCGAAAAUUCAUCAUCUUUACUUAAACCAUCAAAUCUUUGUUCCAAAGAAGCCAGAACAUCUAAUAACCCUGUGAUGGAGAAACGUAACAGAAUGGAUCAUUUUCCAGUUUGGCUGAGUGAAUUGAUAGGCUUUAGUACUGCCUCAUUAACCAACGCUGAGGAAGCAACUACAGCAAGUGAUAAGCGAAUGUUCACGAAACAGACUCAAAGUUCACUCGCUGUGCCCCGAACCCUUUCACCUCAAGUAGAUGCUUCAAAACAUUUUGAUCAGUUUGACGAAUUAUCAACAGCGGCGCCUUUUUCACCUCUUACAAAGCUUAAGAAUGUGUUUCAUGUCUUCAAAGUGAACGAUCAUCAGCCUCAGCAGCCUCUAAAUCAUUUUUCCUCAGAGAGAUUAAAGCCUUUUGUAUCAGUUCGACAUUCUGAAUCGAUUCCUCCUUCGUUUACAUAUGCAACUGUGAAGAGAUUCACAAACGUGGAAGACUUUAGUACAUUUGACUCUACGAACCAAAACCAAGAGUCACAAAAAACCACAUCUGUCAUAUCCGAGAGGCCAAAUGUGAACUCAAACAGAUUAACAAGACACAAAAUGAUAUCAAUCAACAAAAGCAUGUCACAUUUUAGCAUUCCCAUAACACAUACGAAAACAAGCAUUAAAACAACUAUGGAGUCUUUUGUCAACGUCUCUCUGUUCUCUCAUGCAGUUCUGCAAAAGAACUCCUUUUUGCUGCCAACAACUUUAGGUAAGUCACAAAACACAGUGACAACGGAUGCCAGAGUUCUUUCAAAACUUUUGUCCAUCUCUAAGAAACGUAAUAGUGAGUACGGCUUUUUAAAUCACUCGUUGACAACCAUAAAGAUUGGUUUGCCAUUAGAUGACAAACAACAACAUCUUAAGGUCCCAAGAGGGACUGUGAUGCCUUUUUUUGGCAGCUACACGGUUAGCAGUAUCCCAUCAGUCCAGCGGCUCAUUGAAGCUCACCCUGGAGAGGAAUUCCUCACUGGCGCACCGCAAUCACAAUCUGGGCUUCAGAUUGAGUCAUACUUAAACAAGAGAGAUGGCACGGCUAAACCAACAACCCUGAAACACCAUGAUCAGAGCAGUCAUUCUGUAGUAGGCAUGAAUCAAACCUCUUUCACGUCAAUUUCGCACAGGAUUGUUUCAAGCCCAGGUCACACUACUGUUUCCCCUGGUGUUUUCUCAAAUGCUGAGUUUAAACAACAUUUGAUCUUUUCUGCUUUGCCGUCAGUAUCUACUGAGCGAACAAUGAUGCAGGUAAAUGGACUUCAUAUGUUUGUAAAUUUAUCAGUUGUUAAAGAGCAUCCUCUGAACAUGACGUCCAGCCCAAUUUCUACCAUCAGUAGGCACACAAAAGCUGCAGAACGACCAGAAGGGGCCUUGAACACAUCGCCCCUUGAAUCAUCCACUGGAACAACUUCACCAACUUUUCCUUUGCAUCUUAAUCAAAUGCAGAAUGUGUUGCGUGAAGUGACCUUAACUCAAAACCAGACUGAAGUUUUCUCAACAGUAAAUGAGCAUUUGCGAACUACGCAAUCGAACUUUCCUUAUGAUGAAAUGUCCAGUUCAGGCACGACAGAUGAUGUACAAAAACACCUUGGGCGGACUGCGCUGUUUGUUGUUACUGGGGAAAAGUUCUCUCCUAUUGUCCACACGGAUUUGAGUUUCUCAAGU